GCUAAGGCAAGCCGGAGGGGACUAAGUUAUUGGGCAGACCCCACUUUGCCUUCCAGAAAGGGGGCGUGGGGAAGGAGGAGAGAAAGGUUGUUGCAGACUCGGGGAAAACGCCUUCGCCCGCCUCGCGUUAGUAGCUGUCCCCCAUCCAUCACGUUCCCCUGAUUGGCUCGUAGUUGCACUUUCUGUCUAUACACCGGAUCAUGAGUAGGCGCCCCCCGCUCCCGUCAUGAGCCGGGUCUGGCGGUCAUGAGAUCUUAUAAAGAAUCAAUCAGAGCCUUGGAAUUAGUUCUGUCCCUGAAGAAUAUUUAGUGACAUUUACCUUCCGGUACCUGAGUGUGGCCUGAGGUUCACUUCACAUUUAGGGUGGCAAAACCACAUUGCUCAGGUGUGGAAAAAAAUAAUCUCACCCCACGUGUAGACACAGCUAGGUCAAUGCAAGACCUCUUCUGUCAACCGAACUGCCAUUUCUCAAAAUAGAGUAUUCCUGCACUAAAGGGAAAGCCCCUUCAUUUGGAGUAGGCUGUGUCAACACUCGUCCCUGUAGUGAAGACAUGGACUUACUCAUUGUGCUCAUGCUAAUUAAAGCAAACAACUUAUUUCAGCACUGAAAAGAAACACCUGUAGAGUUUUGUUCAUGGUUGUCUUCUGUAACAAGGAAGUAAAAUAUUAUCAACAAAAGAAUUAGUAAACAUAUAUUUAAGAUGGAGUAAGGAAAUUAGUUUAGGCCACUAUAUGGUAGUGCUCCCUAGAUUGCUGAGAGUGAAAUACUCAGCACUGAACCCAUUAAACAGAAAGAAUGAAACUGAGAGACACAAUAUUAAUCCUCAAAUACUUUCUAAACAUCUUCAAUGGAAUUUUCUUGGUUUUAGGUUUUUUGCUUAUGACGUUUGGCAUAUGGCUUCUAUUUGACAGAGACCAUUUAUUCGCUGUUUUAUCUUUCACAGGUGAGAACCACUUGGUAACAUACAUUUCUUUUAUGUUGGUUGGUGUUGGAUCGAUCAUUGGUUUUAUAUCAUUUUUUGGAUUCCUAGGAAGCUUUAAAGAAAUCAGAUGGUUACUAAUUCUGUAUCUGGGACUCAUAACUCUUCUGCUUGGUCUCCAAGCUGCAAUUCCAGUUCUGAUAUAUUUAAGAAAAGAAGAGGUCCAGACUAUGUGGAAUGACAGAAUUGAUGAAGUAAUUUCUAACUAUGGGAACAAAAAUCUGACUGGAAGAGAACAUGAGUGGUAUAUUCUGCAUGCUGUGCAGGAAACUCUGGAAUGUUGUGGCAGACACAAUUCUACAGACUGGAAAAAGAAUGAAAAUAAAGAACAUGCAGAUCAGGUCCCAUGUUCAUGUAUAAAGUCUAAUAGGAAGGAAUGGUUUUGUGAUGCCCCAGGGAAUGAAGUGUACAGUAAGGGAUGUGACGAGUAUAUUAAUGUAUGGUUUGAAAACAACACAUUGGCCUUAAUCAUAAUUAAUAUUGCACUGCUAACUAUAGAGGUUCUCCUGUUCAUACUAAGUGUAUUGCUGUUCAAAAACAUCAAGAAGAAUAAAAUUUCACUAAUGGAAUCAUGAAAGAUUUUUGAUAUUGUUAUACAGGCAGUCCCCGAGUUAUGCAGAUCCAACUUAUGUUGGAUCCGUACUUACGAAUGGGGCUUUUCUCGCCCCGGAGA